AUGGCGAAACUCAGCGAUCUGCCCAGCAAAGUGGCAGACGUUCUCUACGAUAAUCUUGAUACAUCCUCUCUAUUAGCCUUACGAUUCGUCAACCGUGCCCUUAAGCAAAAGACAGAGUCCAACUUCUUCAGCCUCUUCUUAUCUAUAAAGCUCUCCUUCUGUCAGGCCAGCCUAGAUGACUUAGACGAGAUCUCCCAAGUUGAUGGUAUCGCAAGGAAAGUCGAGCAUAUCACCUUUGGAACCGAGACGCUGGACCAGUAUCGCCACGCCGUGGACUUCCUGGAAGGACCAGACGUUGAGAAACCCCAAGUUACGUACGAUAGCUGGCUCGAAACGGAGAUGAUCGCUGGUAGCGAGCUCGUGACAGAGCUGCGGGAAAUCCUGCUUCGAUUUCGGAAUCUGAACAGGGUUACAUUGGAAGACCGCCCGAGCGGACAGAAUGCGCAGGGCUACGAAGAUUACCGACCGAGUCUUGCAAGUGUGAAGAUCAAACGACUGACCGGCGUUGACCUUCGCUGGAACGGCCCUUAUUCCGAGCCUGAUGACUCGCCCGAUAGUGGUCGCUACACCUUUCCUUUCUCGAGCCGCCAAUUCGUAUACGCUGUUGUUCUGGCCCUGCUGCGGGACCUCGACAUCGCCGGCAAGCGCCUGGCUUUGGACCUCAUCGUCGGCGGAUAUACGCUCUCCAAUGGAAAAAGCCACUUCGCCCAGCCGUUCGACCCUAGAAAGGCACUACCGCGGCGCGCUGUCAAAAGGUAUUUACGACAUUUUGAAAUCCGAGAUGUCGAGACUGCGAAUGUUCCCCUCACGGACUUUCUCAGCAAAAUCUCCUUCACUCGGGUAAUCUUCAACCGGUGUCCUUUUCGCGGCGAUCAUCUACUCCACGCAUUCCAUGGCUUCAAAGCAAUCGAAAUACGGAACUGCUCCCACCUCGUCGAUCUGGGCAUCAUCAUCCACCGAACCCGCAAUACUCUUCGCUCACUCACCCUUUCUAGCGUGGAGAUGCAAGUCUGGAAUGGUGGGCAGAUUUACUGGGGCCAGUUCCUGAGGGCUUUAUGCGCCGCUCCUGCACUGCGACACCUCGAGUUGACGGAUUUGAGAACGGGGGUGCUAUCGUGCAGCGGGAUACUUCAGGAUGGCGUGGAGGCAGAUUCCGCAUUGUAUACGGUUACUUGGGAGGGGAAUGAGGGCAUCAAGGCGGGAGCGCAGGCGCUGUCGAAGGUUGUGGAUCAGUUUGCGAGUCUGACGCAUGAAGUGCCGCCGUUGGUGAAUCUCAUGGAGGCGCAUGUGGCCUAUCUUGCUGGGAGAUGAGCCAUGUCUUCCGUCCUUAUGGCAAGUAACGCACUGGCAUUCCUCUGCCUGAAGUGCAUCAAUGUGUUUUGCGGAAUUUGUGUCUACUGAGUAUAACUCUCUGAAGGGUUCCAGGCGGCCUUAUAGUGACUC